AUGAUAUCGAUCGGACGCAUUCUCUUCGCAAGCAUCUAUGGUCCAUUCCUGUGGUUUGUCCUAAACUGUGCAUGUGGAAAGGAAAGGUCUUCUGGUGGACUUCAAAAUUAUAACGGUGGGUGCUACAGCCUUUUUGUCGAGACCAAAAUGGCUUUUUUUCGGUGUUCGCUUCGCUCGCCUUCACCGAUCAAUAAGAAAUAA